ACGAAACGUCACCACGCCACUUGGCUUUAUGACGUCACCACGCCACUUUGGCUUUAUGACGCCGGUCUGCGUGACGUAGCCGCGGCCCCGAGCUCUUUCAACUACAUUUUCGGGGCGGCCGAGUGGGAUGGACACGGUGGGAAGGCAAGCGGAGUAUGGCUGGCGCACGGGAAAUAAUUGGCGUCGGGGAGGAGCGAUGCGUGGAAGGCGAGGGUUUGUCCUCUGAGACGGAGCGAGAGAGCUCGUCAUCAAACACUCCUGAAACUGCGACUCCGGGAGAAGACACCGAGAGGCCUGACAAAGACAGCCCCGCAGCCUCCAUCCAGAGGGAAUCCAGCCGUGAAUGGACACAGCCAGAGGCCAUGGCGUCGCAGGAGGCUAGUCUCAACCCCGAAAUAGAAGCAGGCAACGGGCACGGCGGCAAUAAGACCUGUCCCGUCCACACCCCCACCGCCGGGGACGCCAAGCGGGGCUUUCGUAAAAACAGACAAAACGACUACGUGAAGAUUUCCAUGAAGGAGCCCGACGCCAACCGCUUGCCGUCAGAGUGGUGGAAGACCAUGCUUCUGUUCUUCUACGCCGCCUUCAGUCUGGUCAUGACCACGGUGGUCAUCACAGUGGUCCACGAGAGGGUCCCGCCUAAAGAGAACAUCCCGCCGCUUCCUGACACUUUCUUUGAGUACAUUGACCGGGUCAAGUGGGCCUUCACGGUGACGGAGGUCAAUGGCAUUGUCCUGGUGACCAUUUGGUUCAUACAGCUCUUCUUCCUCAACUACAAGUCCAUCGUAUGCAGACGCUACUUCUUCCUGGUGGGCACCUUGUACUUCUACCGCUGUAUCACCAUGUACAUCACCAUCCUGCCUGUCCCUGGCAUGCACAUGAGCUGCGCGCCCAAGCUGUACGGAGACUCUUACGCAAAGUUCCAGAGAAUUCUGCGACUGAUUUCCGGCGCCGGCCUGUCUAUUACCAAGUCCCACAUCAUGUGCGGAGACUUCCUGUUCAGCGGCCACACCGUGAUGCUCACCCUCACCUACCUGUUCAUCAAGGAAUACUCUCCUCGGUCGUUCUGGUGGUACCAUCUGAUGUGCUGGCUGCUGAGUGCGGUGGGCGUGGUCUGCAUCCUGGUGGCGCACGAGCAUUACAGCGUGGACGUGGUGGUGGCCUAUUUUAUCACAACGCGUCUCUUCUGGUGGUACCACACCAUGGCCAACACACAGUGUCAGUGCUGCCCCAACAAGUACCUAACCAGCGCCUGGUGGAACCCCCUGUUCAACUUGAUGGAGAGGAACGUGCACACGCCUGUGCCGUGCGUGUACGGCUGGCCCGUCAGCUGGGCCCCCGCUUGCCUGAAGAACCCCUGUAAGAAAUACUCCAUAGUACAGAGCACACGGGACGAGUGACCGUUCGUUCCGGUGUUUGACGAGGUUUUUAACGAACAAACGUGCCUAGAAAGGAUUCAUCGCGCUUUGUCUGUCAGUCUGUCUAUUGCUGUAAUUUAUCUUUUUCUUUACGCGUGUGUGUGUACAACUGAUACUCGUGCCAGCCAGCACCUUCUAGAACCAACUACACUACCAAAUUUGUUAUUGAAUGACCUCGUUAUCAGUGUCACAAGGUGCCUUAGUGGGUUCAGCGUCAUUAUGUGUACCAAAACUGCCUUGAAAAGUCACUCCAAACUAGUAUUAUUAAUCAUUUCAGAACCCCUCGGUAUGUGUGUUUCAUCCAUAAAUUGUAUUAAACUGGA